UCAUCAUAACAUAACCUAACUUUAUUUUUUGUGUAAACAAAGUUCUAAUCCAAAAAGUGGAUUUAUUUUGUUGUUAUUUACAAAAUGCUUGUUUUUAUUAUGUCUGGAUAAAUGAAACCAAAGAAAUCUGACAGUAUGAACAACAACUUUAAGCCAACCUUUCGAAAACCUGCUGAAACAUCUUUAUUCUUAGACAGAGACCCUUUACCCGAGCACACAACCUUCACAUAUAACAAAUACAUAUCCCAAAGCAUCCAAACUCAACGACAAAGGUUGCCCAUAUUCCAGAACAGGAACCACAUCCUAUAUCUGCUGGAGAAGUACCAAACUUUGGUGCUAGUAGGUGAAACUGGAAGUGGCAAGAGUACCCAAAUACCUCAGUACUUGGUGGAAGCGGAAUGGCCUAAACAAGUAGCCAUAAGUCAGCCCCGUAGGGUUGCAGCUAUAAUGUUAGCCCAAAGAGUUGCUGAUGAAACUGGCUCGAUAGUUCAAGGCGAUUUAGUGGGGUACUCUGUCCGGUUUGACUCGUGUACCACUCAACCAAAAAUUAAAUAUUUAACCGAAGGGAUAUUGCUUAGGGAAAUGAUGUCUGAUCCCUUACUCAACAAAUACUCGGUGGUAAUGAUUGAUGAGGUGCACGAGAGAACUUUGUACACAGACAUCUUGCUGGGACUGUUGAAAAAGGUCCUCAGCAAAAGGCCUGAACUGAGACUCAUUGUGGCCUCGGCCACAUUAAACGCCAAAUUCUUACAGCAGCUGUUCAAUAAAAACCAUAGCGGAAAAGUGGAACAAGAUACCUCGGUUAUAAUGUCUGUGGAAGGCAGGCAAUUUCCUGUAGAGAUAUUUUAUGUGUCCGAACCGGUGCCUUGUUACGUAAAAGCUUCAGUGGAUGCAGUGCUCAAGAUUAAUGAUAAUAAUAAGCCGGGAGAUGUUUUAGUGUUCCUUACGGGUCAAGAGGAAGUGGAUACAGCAGUGAGGAUCCUCAGGGAUCAUGCUGAUGUAAAGGUGCGUAAUAAAAUGGUUGUGCUGCCCAUGUACGGGUCUUUGCCAUAUAAUCAACAGUUGAAAGUGUUUCAAAAUGCCCCCGAAGGCUUUAGAAAGAUUGUUGUCGCGACUAAUAUAGCUGAAACAUCUAUUACAAUCCCAGGAAUUGUUUAUAUAAUAGAUUGCGGUUUUGUGAAAAUGAAGUGGUACAACACAGAGACUCACACGGAUAAUUUAGUUACAGUACCGACAAGUAGGUCAUCGGCUGACCAAAGGGCAGGUAGGGCAGGCCGCAUAAGGUCUGGACAAGUGUAUAGAUUAUAUACCGAAGAGUGGUACCAUAAAAUGUCUUUGGAUACCCCUCCGGAAAUGGUUAGAGGUAACUUAACUUACGCUGUGUUACAAUUGAAAGCCAUGGGGGUGGAUAAUGUUUUAAAAUUCAAGUUCCCUAGCAGUCCCCCUAUAGAGAACUUGAAAAGUGCUUUGGAAAUUCUUUAUGCCCUUGAUGCUAUCGAUAUUAAUUCGGAACUCACUAGCCCCCUAGGGUUUCACAUGGCCGAGUUCGCUUUGGACCCUUUGUACUCAAAAAUCUUGUUGAGUUCUCGAGAGUUCGGUUGCGUCGAUCAGGUUUUGACCAUAAUAUCUAUGCUGCAAGUGGAGAAUAUUUUCACAAGUCCCUCUACGGGGAACAUGAUUAUCAAGGCAAGGAUCCAAAAGAGGCUGUUCGAAGUGGAACAGGGGGAUCUUAUCACUUAUUUGAACAUAUUCAAUGCGUUUAUACAAAGUGAUAUGUCCAGGGGGUAUUGCCAUAAGAACUUUUUGAAUUACAAUAGUUUAAAGAGGGUCGUGGAGAUCAGGAAUAACUUGGAAAAGACUUUAUGGAAUUAUAAUAUUGCUCCCGAACCAGUGCAGACGAGAAACUUGGAGAGUAUAUGCAAGUGUUUAGUGACGGGGCUGUUUCCUAAUGCUGCUUAUUUGCAUAGAAGUGGGAAUUAUAAAACUGUGAGGGGCGAUGUGGAUUUAUUUGUUAGUCCAGAUAGUGUUCUCUAUAAUGUUCCACAGCCCCAGUGGGUUGUUUUUUGUGAGGUCGUACAUACCACUAAAUUGUACAUGAGGGAAUUGACUGUUAUUCAGAACGGUUGGUUGUUGGAGCUUGCACCUCAUUUUUAUUAUAAAACGACUUUUAUUGAAUAAUGUAAAUUAGUGUUUUCUUAUUAUUGGUGUAUAUAUUUUUAAUUUUAAGUGAUUUAAGAUGAAAUUCUUAAUGUUUCUUUUUGUACCUGAAACUUUGGAAAGAGGGUGUUUUUUGAGGAAUAAAAAAAUUA